UAGCGACUUUUCUAGAUAAAUUCCUACUUUUGUAAUCAAAACUGCAGGGGAAAGGAUUCUUUUAUAAGAUCACGAUUGAGAUUAAAUUAUUAUCAGAUGACCUCUGCAUCACAGAAUUUUUAUAUAAACAAUGUCAUUCGUAUUGAAUGUCUUUUAAAGACUGAGCAAAAGAUGUUAUACAUAACACGUAUAGAUCAGUAGAAAUAUUUGUUAAGAGCAAUAUACAAAAGGAAGGAAAACAUUUGUGUACUGUGACGAGAGAAAGGCAGAUUAUGGAAAAUGAAUUAUAUUGGAGUAAAGAUGAAUAUAAAAAAAGAGUCUGAAGAAAUUGAUUUUCCUGAUGAGGAAAAGAAUGAAAAGAGCAAAAUAUCAUAUGAUUGUGAUACCUGUGGUAAAUUAUUCUCUCAGAAAGCUGACUUAGUCAUUCACCAAGGUAUUCAUACAGGAGAGAAGCCAUAUUGCUGUGAUAUCUGUGAUAAACCAUUGUCAGAUCGUACGGCCUUAACAAGACACAGACAGAUUCACCUAAAAGGAAAAUAUUUACACUGUGAUGUCUGUGGUAAAUCAUUUUCUGAUACUCAUCAUUUAACUUCUCACAAACGCAUUCAUACAGGAGAAAAACCAUAUCGUUGUGAUAUCUGUGGUAAAUCAUUCAUUAAGAAUAGUUACUUAACUACACACAUACGUAUUCACACGGGAGAAAAGCCUUAUCCUUGCGAUAUCUGUGGUAAAUCAUUUUCUCAAAAUAGUAACUUGACUCUUCACAAACAUAUUCAUACAGGAGAGAAGCCAUAUCUUUGUGAUAUCUGUGGUAAAUCCUUCUCUGGAAAUGGUUACUUAACUAGGCACAAGCAUGUUCAUACAGGAAAAAAGCCAUAUUGCUGUGAUAUUUGUGGUGAAUCAUUCUCUGGAAAUAGUCAUGUAACUAUUCACAAACGUAUUCAUACAGGAGAGAAGCCAUAUCAUUGCGAUAUCUGUGGUAAAUCAUUUUCUCAAAAUAGUAACUUGACUAACCACAAACGCAUUCAUACAGGAGACAAGCCAUAUCAGUGUGAUAUCUGUGGUAAAUCAUUCUCUGAAACUGGUAACUUAACUAAGCACAAGCGUGUUCAUACUGAAGAGAAGCCAUAUCAGUGUGAUAUUUGUGGUAAAUCCUUCUCUGGAAGUAAUCAUGUAACUGCUCACAAACGUAUUCAUACAGGAGAGAAGCCAUAUCAUUGUGAUAUCUGUGGUAAAUCAUUUUCUCAAAAUAGUCACCUGACUAGACACAGACGCAUUCAUACAAGAGAAGUCAUAUCACUGUAAUACCUGUGGUAAAUCAUUUCCCAAAAACAGCACUUUAUCUAGUCUCUGACGUUUUCACACAGGAGAAAAGCCAUAUCAUUGUAACAUGUGGCAAUUCAUUUGCUUAUAGAAGCAGCUUAACUACUUCCUUAGACAUUCGUAUGAGAGACAAACCAUACCAGUCAUCUGUCAUCAUUGUUCUCCAUGUCCACAUUUGCCAUUCUCUCAUUGGUUAGAUGAUAUUUAUUGACGUGAAUUUUCGCUGUCCAGAUGCCUUUCCUGUUGCCAACAUUCACCUGUUUCAAAGUAAGAUAUUUCCCCAUGAACAGAUAUGGUUUUGUGGCAUGUAAACUCACUAAAUGAAUAUCACUUAGCAUUCCUACAGAAACCUUCAUUUACCUUAUACGAUGUUUAAAGUCAUUUCACAUUCAUGUUGAAUUAUGCAGCAAUCUUAUGUUCUCUUCAUAGAACACUUGUAAUGUAUGUAUGACCAGUUCUUUUGGUAUAGUAGAUUUUUGCUAUUCUUGUUCAUGUCUCCUCACAGACGUGUAUAUCCUAACAAGUCACUUCUUAAAUUUCCCACCUCUCAUGUUCAACAAACACUGAGUUAAACUUGCAAAGCUGUUUAUUUUCUCUUUUCAAUUUUUAAUGUUUAUUUUAGCGGGUUGCCAAACUAUCAGUUUCGUCUCCCGGUUAAAGCAGUUGUGACAAAUUUUAAAGUUUGUUUGGCAUUUUAGAAGUAUGAAAGGGAUUAAAAUUUUGAUACUCCAUACCAAUGGAACAGCUGGCAAGGGCGAAUGCAGUGCUCUGGUAUGGGCAUGUGUUGAGAAGGGAUGAGGAUCAUGUUCUGGGGAGAGUGUUUGAGUUUAAAAUGAAUGAACUGUGAAAGCAAGGCUGACCAAAGAAAACGUGGAGGGGACAGGUGAAGGAGGAGAUUGGGAGGGUUGACUUGAGGAGGGAAGAUGCGUAAAACCUGGUGAGAUGGUGUGAUAGCAGGUGCAGUAAGAGUGAAGUAGAUCCAGCCACCCCUGUUAACAGGGACAAACCUGGAUUUAAAAUAUUGGAAUUCAUUCAUGGGGAUCAAACAAUAAGCAUAAGCCAGUGUCAAUGGCGAUUCCAGAAAUUUCAAGCAGGAAACUACAGCCUAGAAGACAAGCCUCAUCCUAGAAGAUCUGUAGUGCUCAACGAGGAUGCCCUGCAAACCCUUGUGGAACAAAAUCCCAUUGUAUUUGUUGAGAACAAAAUCAACUAGCAGAGAAGCUUCGAUUUGGUCAUUCAACCAUUCAUUGGUACCUGUGUGCCAGCAGACAGAAAAGUCAGCAAAUUGGAUCAAUGGGUUCCUCACAAACUUUCCGAGUCUAAUCGCACACAAAGAGUGAAUGUGUGUUCUUCUUUGCUGUCGCAUCUCAUAAAUGAACCUUUUAUGGACUGAAUAGUGACUGGUGACGAGAAAUGGGUUCUCUAUAAAAAUGUCAAGUGCCAAGGACAGUGGAUAAGGAAAGGAGAAACACCAGCAUCCAAGGCUAAAGAAGGCCUUCACGCACAUAAGGUGUUGUUAUCUUUUUGGCGGGAUAUGAAAGGUUUAGUCCACUUUGAACUUUUAAACCCUAACCAAACGAUAACAAAGGAGAUCUACUGCGUGCAGCUUGAGUGGCUUAAGUUAGUGAUAGAAGAAAAGCAACCAACUUUGGUUUCAAGACAAAAGGUGUUCUUCUGUUAGGAUAAUGCUCAGCCACAUACAAUGAAGAUGUCAUUCCAAAGGCUGGAGCAGUUUGAAUGGAAACGAUGCCCCCGACCACCAUAUUUGCUGGACAUUGCCCCAUCUGGUCAUCAUUUAUUCCCCAGUUUUCAAAAUCAUUUGGAAGGGAAAACUAUGAAUUCCGUAGACGAGGUCAGAACAGUACUGGAGAAGUAUUUUUUGUCACAGACAAGUGAAUAUUAGAAGAGGGACCUUGCAAAUCUACCAGAUAAUUUUUUUAAACAAAGCAAAUAAAACACAAAGUAAAUAAUUUUGUUUUUUGUUGAAUCUUCCCCAUCUUACUCUUAAAACGUCAUUUUACAUUCUUCCAGGGUGUAUUUUGGGGUCACAUCUAUUUCAGUAAUCCCAUUGUACGACACACCCCAACAAUCAGAAUAUAUAGUCGUCCCUGGUUCGAUAAAUUUUUUAAUAAGUGGUAGAAGAGUUUCGGAAGAACGGUCAGGUACAAAGACUAAAAACCUACUUUUAUCCUCUCUAUCCCAUCCUACGUUGUAUUUGCGCUUGCACAUCAUAGAUUCAUCUGUUUCUACGAUGUGCCCAAGUCCACCAAUUUGGUAGGGGUUACGCAAAAGAUAAUUACUUGUAAUAUCCCCCAUGUACUGAUACAAUUGAACAACAGUAGAUUUUGAAAGACUGACUUUUUAAUGGACUCUUUACCAAAAACAGGUAGUGUAUAAUUUAUUUACUUGGUGUAAAAAAAUUAUUUACUUUGUUUAGAAAAAACCCUCGUACAUGUUUUGCGCAUGACUCGCACUCGCGCUAGGUAGUCGUAGGAUUGACUAGUCAUGACUCGCUAGCGCGGAUGCGCGCACCGGGACCAUUCUUCUUGAAUAGUACCGUGAAGCUGGAAUAUGUUGACAGUAUAAGGUCUCCGUAUAUUCUAAUAAAUUGAAAGAGAAAGAUAAUGCCUAAUCCGUCACGACAGUAUAUUUUGGCUAAAAUGUCAUACCGUGAUUGGAUAUGCAUGUCUGUCUAAGAAAACAUUGCAGCUCUCGAAAAAUCCUUUGACCUUUACAAGCUUUGGUUUAUUAUUAUUUUUUUAUUUUUAUUUGCGUGCACAAAGCAAUUGAAAGUUUGAAAUAUUGCAUGUUAUUCAGCCGCAGCAAUACCACGACUCCACUAUUGCCCCUCUCUCAUUCUCCCUUUUCCUUUCUUUCUUUCUUUCUUCCUUCCUCUCUUUCUUUGAAUCUUAAAGAACUCUUAUGAUAUUCUUUAUACAUCUUCUUUUAGUUUCGUUCGAAUAAUUAGUUAAACACACCCACAGUUAUUCCAGUAAUAACAGCUAU